AUGGUCAUAUCCGGCGGGGGAUUCAGCAAGCUCACCGUCGGAUCUAUAAAAUGCAAAUUCGACGAGCUGAUCUCAGCCACUGCAAACAAAGCCUCUACUCUCGACCACGCCAAAGGCAGCCCAUCCUCCAUAUCCUUCUACAAAGAAGAGUUGCCCGGAGGAGCACCCAACGCAACCAUUCCCCUUCUCAUCCGGGCUCGGAUGGCCAACUUUGAUGUGCGGCGCAUAUUGGUCGACCUAGGAAGUUCAGUGGACAUCAUGUACUCCCAACUGUUCAAAACACUGCAACUUAAGGACAGCCACCUCACCCCAUACGUAGGAUCAGACCUGCAAGGCUUCAACGGCACGGUGACUAAGCCAUGGGGUUUCGUGGAGCUCAUAGUUUCAAUCGGAUCGGCGAAAACCACGAGGGCCGUUAAAGUCCAGUUCCUGGUCAUCGACUGCCCAUCGAUAUACCAGGGAAUCCUUGAACGCCCAACCCUAGCCGAAUUAAUCGCGGUCCCCUCAACCGUGCACCUCAAGCUUAAAUACUAUACGACCAAAGGACAAGUCGCAAUGCUCAACGGUGAUAUUGAAGUGUCCAGGAGAUGCUUCGAAGCCUCCGCCAAAGGCCUGAGCACGAUAAAGACACCGGCCCAAGACAAAACAGCGACCAGCGCAGUCUCUGAGACCAACAAAUCAAUGUCCCGCAUCGACACUGUCGACCUCGACAGUCGUUUUCAGGAAGAAUCCGAGCAGAGCAUAAACACAGGUACAUCAGAAGGGAUCCUCCGGCCAAUUCAAUACGGAAACUUCGAACUCGUGGCCCUCCGAGAAGAUCCAACCAAGGGAGUCAAGAUCGGAGUGGACCUGCCGGACCUGGCCAAAAGACAACUCAAAGCUUGCCUCCGCGAAAACGCCGACCUAUUCGCCUGGAGCACCGCCGAGAUGCCCGGGCUCGAUCCAGAAGUAGCUUGCCAUCACCUGACUAUCGACCCCGCUUGCAAGGUCGUCGCUCAGAGAAGAAGAAAACAAUCACCAGAGAAAACGGUUGCGGCCGAACUAGCUGUAAAGGACCUCCUAGAGGCCAAAUUUAUAUCUGAGGCCAAGGCUUGCCCAAAAGAUGCUUACCCUCUGCCCAAUAUAAAUAAACUAGUCGAUAAUUUCGCCGGUUUUAAAUUACUUUCAUUUAUGGACGCAUACUCCGGGUACAAUCAAAUACCCAUGGCUAAAAUUGACAAGAAAUACACGGCCUUCAUGACCGAAUCGGGUAACUACUAUUACAACGUAAUGCCCUUCGGUUCGAAAAACGCCGGCGCAACAUACCAGCGCAUGAUGAACAAAGUGUUCCGAGCGGAAAUAGGAGACAUGCUCGAAGUCUAUAUGGACGAUAUGAUCGUCGAAUCCCAAAAAGAAACCGAUCAUGCCGCCCCUCUCAAAAAGGUUUUCGAGCAAGCCCGAAAAUGCAAGAUGAGGUUCAACCCUGAGAAAUGUACGUUCGGCGUUCGAGCAGGAAAAUUCCUCGGUUUUUACUUAACGGAAAGAGGAAUCGAAGCCAACCCGGAUAAAUGCAGGGAUUUUUCGGAUUUUCCCACCCCGAGCUCAAAAAAGUCAAUCCAAACCCUGAACGGCAUGCUCACGUCACUAUCCAGGUUUGUGGCCAAAUCCGCCCAACACGCCCUUCCCCUGUUUAGACUCUUGCGCAAGGAAACCAUAUUCGAAUGGACGGAAGAGUGUGAGCACGCCUUCUCCCAUCUCAAGCAAGCCCUUUCCAGCCCACCGGUCUUAUCCGGGCCUGAGGCCGGAGAAAUCCUAUACCUCUAUCUCGCCGUAUCCACCGAGGCCGUCAGCGCGGCCCUAAUACGAGAAACCCCAGAAGGCCAGAAACCCAUUUACUUCACAAGCAAAGCACUCCAGGGCCCCGAGGUCAGAUACCAACAAAUCAAAAAGGUUGGAAUCGCAUUAAUAACCGCAGUCCGGAGACUCAGGCACUAUUUCCUAGCCCAUACCAUAGUCGUGCGAACCGAGCAACCCGUGAAACAAUUGCUUGCACGCCCCGAUAUGGCCGGAAGGAUGCUCCGUUGGUCAUUAGAGCUUGCAGAGUUCGACAUCAAGUAUGAAGAAAGAAAAGCCCUUAAGGCACAGGUCUUGGCAAAUUUCAUGGCCAAAAUGGCCUUCCCCGAAACAACAAACAACAACGCCCGGAGAUGGACCUUAUACGUGGACGGAGCGUCAAGCUCAACUGGUACCGGAGCAGGGAUCAUUCUAGAAAAUGGGGAAGGAACCCUCAUAGAAGUAUCCCUCUCGCUCUCAUUCCCAAUGUCCAACAACCAAGCCGAGUAUGAUGCCCUGCUUGCCGGACAGCGCCUCGCAAACUACUUAGAAGCCGAGGAAAUUGAGGUAUUCACUGACUCUCAACUGGUCGCAUCCCAUAUCUCAGGCAAAUAUCAGGUCAAAAGCGAAGCCCUCGUUGAAUAUCUGGCCCUUAUACGAGAAAGACUAACCCGAUUCAGCAGCGCCAAAGUAAAACACAUCCCAAGGGAACACAACUCCUGGGCAGACGUCCUAUCGAAACUAGCUAGUACGAGGAAGAAAGGGGGCAACAAAUCCGUAAUCCAGGAAAUAUUGCCAAAACCCAGCACUGAAUCUCCAUCCGUGCUAACACUCGUAAACGCGAUAGGGGAUGCGUCUUGCUGGAUGACCCCCGUAUAUAAUUACCUAACUAGCGACCUCCUGCCCGCCGAUCCCAAAGAGGCCUCCGUAAUCGGAAGGAGAGCCUACUCGUACGUCUUGGUCGAAAAUCGCCUCUACCAACGAGGAUUUUCCAUACCCCUCCUCAAAUGCAUAGACUAG